GAGCAUGGAGAGCAGGGAGGACAAACGCCUGUGGCAGAACCUGGUGGAAGAGGCCGUUUUGAGCAGCUCCACGGCGCAGGAAGGCAACGGGGAGGAAAAGCCCUGGAGAUGCCGCACGAGGAGGGGCUGCAAACGCAGCUGGCGGGGAUCUGAGGGGGAAAGAGCCAGCCUGGGCCGGGAAGGCGGCCGGAGAUGGAGCCAGAGCUCGGAGCUGGUACUCCAUGAGCAGCUCCAUGAUGGGAAGAAGCCCCAUACGUGCGUGGAGUGUGGAAAGAACUUCAGGUGGAACUGCGACCUGAUUGUGCACCAGAGGACCCACACUGGGGAGAAGCCCUAUGAGUGUGGGGAGUGUGGGAAGAGCUUCAGGUGGAGCUCCAACCUGAUCAAGCACCAGAGAAUCCACACUGGGGAGAAGCCCUAUGAGUGUGGGGAGUGUGGGAAGAGCUUCUGUGGGAGCUCCAGCCUGAUCAAGCACCAGAGGAUCCACACUGGAGAACGGCCCUUCGAGUGCGGGGAGUGUGGACAGAGCUUCAGCCAGCACUCCCACCUGAUCUCGCACCAGAGGACCCACACUGGGGAGAGGCCCUACAAGUGUUCCAAGUGUGGGAAGGGGUUUCAGACCAGCUCCCAUCUCGUCCGGCACUAUCAGAGUCACACAGAGGAGAGGCCCUUCCAAUGCCCCGACUGUGGGAAGGGAUUCAGGUGGAACUCCACCCUCGUCAGGCACAGGCGCAUCCACACUGGGGAGAAGCCCUACGAGUGUGAUAAAUGCAGGAAGAGGUUUCAGACCAGCUCCCAUCUCCUCCAGCACUAUCGCAUUCACACAGAGGAGAGGCCCUUCCGCUGCCCCGAGUGCGGGAAGGGAUUCAAGCACAACUCCACCCUCGUCAAGCACCGGCGCAUCCACACUGGGGAGAGGCCCUACGAGUGUCCCCAGUGUGGGAAGAGCUUCUCCAGCAGCUCUGACUUGACCCGACACCAACGGAGGCACCGUCCGUUGCAGUUCUGUUUGCAGAGUGCCGCCUUCUCAGCUCAUUGUGUUUGUGUCCCCUUUUCUCUCCUGCCUCUCUUUGCCUGCUUUGUUUCUCUCUCAGUGUCUCUCUUGACCCAGGGACCACCAUAGAUCCUCCCCUGAUUUAAUUGACCCAGGCACCCCCCGAGACCCUCCGUAUAUUUAAUUGCC